AUGCGCUCCAUUCUUCUCCUCGCCUCAUUCUCAGCGGCGGCACUCGCCGUUACCUCGACGGAAGCCAACUCCGCGACAUGUGUGACCAGCUCAGCAUCCAGCACCGACACGGCCACAUGGACGAUCGACUACGCCUUGGUGGACGCGCCCGUGACAGGCACAGGGUAUGACAUCGAGCCGAGCUUCGUGGCAGCUUAUGGCUUCAACAACACGAUGCAAUUAUCCAUAACGCACGACUCCAACGCCACGGACUACGCCUCCUUCAAAUGCCAGUUUGCAUGCAAUGGUAAUCAGGGCUGUGUUGCGUUCUUUGGGCGCUUCGUCAAUGUGAAUACCGACGAGGAGAAUUAUGAAUGUUUGAGCUUCAAGACGCUGCUGGAUGAGUCGUCCUUCACCACGAGCACGUCGAACAUGGCUGUUGGCGGGUUCAACAAACUCUGCAGCUAA